GUAAACAUGGCCGACAGCGCGAGUGAGAGCGACUCGUCGUCUGUUACUGAUGGACCAAUUAUGCAGCCGCCCUCAAUGCCACCUUCCCCAAUUACCCGGGAACAAUGGCAGAAGAGGAUAGACUGCCUACAGCAACAAAAUCGCGUACUAAGAGCCGAGCUGGAGACAUAUAAACUGCGAGUGAAGAGCCUGCAUGAGGAGAACAGGGCGUUGCGGCAAGCGUCUGUCAAUAUUCAAGCUAGAGCAGAGCAGGAGGAGGAGUUCAUCAGUAAUACUCUCCUGAAGAAGAUACAGGCGCUGAAGAAGGAGAAGGAAACUCUGGCUUUGAACUAUGAACAAGAGGAAGAGUGUCUUACCAAUGACCUAUCACGCAAGCUCAGUCAAUUGCGGCAGGAGAAGGUAGAGUUGGAACAGACACUCGAGCAGGAGCAGGAGUGCUUAGUUAAUAAAUUGAUGCGCAAGAUUGAAAAACUAGAAACUGAGACUGCAGCUAAACAGAAUGAUUUAGAGACACUUCGAAGAGAGAAGAUUGAGCUAGAGAAUACACUAGAACAAGAACAAGAAGCACUAGUCAACAAACUAUGGAAGAGAAUGGACAAAUUAGAAGCAGAGAAGAGAAUGCUUCAGGGAAAACUAGAGCAGCCAAUCUCCAAUCCACCUUCUCCAGCUGACUUUAAUCAAGGUGACCGAGCCAAUAAUCUAUCUUCUCAUAUCCAACAUCUGCGGGAUGAAGUCUCUAGGUUUCGAGAGCAACUCACAACUGCUCAGGAGGAGCAUAACCGCACAGCUCAACAGUAUGCAAAUGAAGAACGCUUAAUUCGUGAGGAGAAUCUUCGUCUGCAGAGGAAACUUCAGAUGGAAGUUGAGCGUAGGGAGGCCCUAUGUCGUCAUCUUUCAGAAUCAGAAUCUAGCUUGGAAAUGGAGGAAGAGCGGCACUACAAUGAGAUUACUUCACAGCGGCAUCGAACGCUUUCUAGUCCAGUGCCAUAUAAUCCAUCUCCUAGUUCCUCAAGACCACUCUCGCCAGGCUUGUCGGGCUACAGCGGGGGGCGGGAUCUGUUCUCCCCACCCAGUCCCAUGGGUCGUUGCCCACAUUGUGGCCAGGUGAUCCUUCACCACCCGCCACCCACUGUCCCUCCGCCCAAUUACCUGCCCUCUGCCUCCCCUCCUCCCCCACCUGUAAUCUCACCUGCAUUCCAGAGACAUGGGAGUCGCACUUCACAAGAGCGAUUUGUAAAACCCAUUGCUCCUCCCCCUAGCAGUUCUGCUCUACUGGCCACUCCAGCCUCACAUCACCCUGCAUCUAGCACAUCAGGAUCAUCAAAUUCCACACCUCCACAUCAUCCUCCACCUGUUCCAGCACCCCAGCUACCAUCUUCUCCACAUCCAGUUGCUCCUCCCUCACCAAUGGAUGUUAGCCGUAAUUGAUGGAGAGGACCUUGGGUUGUUGGAGAGGGUCUUGUGUGGUUUCUAGAAAGGUUGCUAGCAGGCUUUUUGUCCUGAUAGACUUGGAGCAUUUUUACCUCCAUUUUGUUGAGUCUUGAUGGUCUUAUUUGUUGUGAAAAAUGUGAUACAGAUGUUUCUGAUGUGGAAGAUAUAAACAGACAGAUCCAGAAGCUACAACAAUGAAGGUAAUUGUGGCCCAGACAACACAGUGAACAAUUUAUGCCACAGAUGUUUCAUUAGAAAAGUUAUACUUCUGGUACUUCUGGAGUCUUAAGCCUGGGAGCUAGUGGCAGUUGCAUUGUGGCAGUUAUUGGGUUUAUUGUUUGAGCCAAAUAUGUGAUAUAUAUGAGAUAAUAAUAGAGAGAAAGUGAGUAAAAGUCAGAUGAGUAGAUUGCAGAAUGAAAUUUUAACCAGUAGUAGUAUAAUAAUUUUCAAGCAUGUACGAUUGAAGUGUUACGUGUUCUCUCUCUCUCUCUCUCUCUCUGUCGCUCUGUCGAUUGUGAUAUGAAAACUACUGAUGUUUUGUGCUGAUGCAGUAACACUGUCUUUAGUAGAAUUUUGAGCUGACUUGUUUUACAACAGAGAAGUAACGCCAGUACUUCAAUUGAUCUUGACACAGUUGACAAGAAAUAUUUUUUUUCACAGUUACUUGAAUUUUGAUACAUAUGCUCAUAUUAGCACAAACAAUUCCUGGAAUUAGUAGAAGUGUGAUCUGUUAUCAAUAAUUAGUAUAGAUAAUUGUGUCUUGGUUAAUUUAAGUGAUGGUGUGUGAAACUAGUUUGGCUACUUCUUUAUAUCCCUUUUAUGUAUUGGGAAGCAAGCAGAAUGAGAGUCUGAUGCACUGAGUGUUGUUAUUUUUUGGUUUCUCACUUCUCAUGUUAAAUUUUACAGUUAUGCAAUUAAAAUGUUAUUAUAGAAUGUGAACUGACCAACAGCUUCGUGUGGUGCACUCUUCACGCUCAUGGUAGGUCUACUAUACCUCUGAAUAAUGGUAAUUGAAAUAUAAUGCAAGAUCCAUUGUGAUAAGUCAGAUAGUGUGCUUUUUCUUGUAAUUCAGAUUGCACUUUACAUAUUCAGGAAAUAAGAGUUCCUUUAUUCUUGGAAAUAUUAUUCAUCACAUUUAAUUUUCAAAUGAAUUGUUUGAGUAGCUGCAUAAUGCUUUUACGAAUAGCACCAUAUAAUAUUUUUUCUUCUAAUCCUUGUUAUUUAUAUUUACUUUUGGGUACUUUAGUAGGAAAACUACAACUGGCUUUACAUAUUUACAAGAUUUUAAGAAGUGGAUGAUUGUCAAGAAUUGAAGUGGAACCCCAUUAACCAGUGGGCUAAUAUAGAAAAUGCUGGAGAGUUAUAUUGCUUACUUUUUUGUUUAAUGAUUACGAUCAUUAUGACUUUCAUAGUAGAUAUUUAGAAUAAUGUAAAAAUUUAGGUGCUUGUAAGUUCCUGAUUACAGUAAAUAGAUAUACUGUACUGUAUUGAAAAAGGAUAUAUUAAUUUUAGGCAAGUACACCCUCUUCCUCCCAGUUAGAAAUAUGUGUAUUUAAACUAUAUAUAUGCAAGGAAACCAUACAAAAAUUUCUCCAUUCAUUAUUAAUACUCUUACAACUUUGAACUAUACAGAAUUUACAACUCACAGCCAGUCUUCUUCAAUAUGUACACAACCUUGUUAUUGAACUUCCCCACAAACUCUCAAGGAGGUGAUGCAGUUAUUUUUAUAUAAUAUCCCUUUUGUAUUCACUUUUCUACUUUUUCAUUAGAGCUCAAGAUGACACUGCUUAAUUUAACAUCUAUUACUGUACUACAUUUGUACUUCCAUAUCACAAAAACUGUUUUAGAUUUUUGUUUUUUCUUUGUAGAUUUCUAAAUUUCACAUGUCUUCAAAAGGUCUAUCUUGAAGACUAUACAUAGACUAUGUAAAACAACAUCUGAGGGGCUUUAGGUUUCUUAAAUUUGUAACAAAUAAGUUUAGAUUCAUUGGAAGUUUUUGUACUGAAGAAUCUUUUUUCAAAGGAAAGAAAGAAGAGCGAGGGGUAAUUAUAAACUGGCUAUAAUCUUCAUUAAUCAUUAUCCCGGGCCCAUAUUUAUUGUCAGUUUUCCAGCCCAACUAGUUUUUCAUAUCUUUGUAGUACCCUGUGCAUGCUGUCUGAUGUAACCAUUUGAAUUCUCUCAAAUUUUUUUUUUAAAACCCUUUAGACUCCACCAGUGUCAGAAAUUUCUUUGUAAAUUCCUUAUAAAUUCUUUGCAGAACAUUACCUCCAGUCAUAUCUUCCUUUUUUAUCUCUUAUUAAUUAAAGUUGGCUCGUGGUCUCGGUCAUCUACAUUUUUUUGUCCCUAUUAAGUCAAGGAGACACCCUUUGUAUACUGCACAUAUGUUAAUAAUGAAAAUAUGUGAAUAUAUACAUUGUCAAAUGUUGUAAUGUCCUCGUUCAACUAUUAACGUUAUGCACGACGAGUUAGUUUCCAACCAGUGCUGUUUGGAUAUACUGUAUGUACUAUUUUAAAAUAAGAAAUUAAGUCUUACAUUAGUAAUUAUUCUGUUAUAUGGUUUUGCUCUUCAAUUAUGUCUAGCUGUACCAUCAGUCAUCUAACAGUGAUAAACAUUCAACUUAAGAUGAAUUAUGGUUUGUUGUUGUCUGUCCAUUUGUUAAUCUUUUUUGUAACUCAUAUUGACUCUUUGUUGAUGCAGGGUCACUGAUGUUGGUAUGGUAGUGUAUCUUGGAGUGAGGGUAUUGCAAACCACACAUUUCUGGCUUCAGUGCACACCAGUUAGGGUACCAAACAUUGUGCUUAUACAGGUAUGGAGGUGUGUCAUUAUUGUGACUUACAUUAUAUACCUUUACUGAACAUCAAAAGUAUAAUAAUC